GAUUCCGUUGUGCGGAUUGUGGGGCCCCAGGGCCCCGGCCUCGGCGCUGCGCCAGCCUCGCUGUUUCCCCGCGGAGCCGCCGCCGGGUCCCCGAUCUUGGGUCGGGUCCCCCCGCGACUUUUUAAACUGAGGUUCUGGCACCGCCCAGUCGUGGGGCGGGCCCCGCCCACAAGCCCGGGAGUCCCCGCGUUGCGCUCGAGCAAACUUGGUGUCUAAAUGGGCGGGGCUGACUUUAAGAGCCCGAUUCCUAAGUCUCCCCGGAAACAGUGAUUGGGAACCCCGUGUUUGGUCUGAGGGAGAAGGGGCCUGAGGUAGCGGACCCCUGAAAGAGGAGGGAACUGGGGACCUGGACUUUUGUCCAGUGGGGUGUUGGAGGCCUUGACUCCCAGGCCCUGGGCUGGCCGAGGGGCGGGGGGACGCUGCCAGUAUUAUUGGGUCCUGAGAGAGAAGGGGGCUGGGGUUCUGAACUCCCUGGUCUCGAGGGAAGAAAGGUCUGUAGGUAAGAGUGAUAUAGGUGAACUCAAAUUUACCCCCUUCCACACAUCACCUUUCUCAGAGGCCAGUUCUCAUUAUUCAUUCAUCAGUAAAAAUAAUUACUGCAAGGGAGGUACUUUGCUGGGUGCUGUGGUAUAGCUGUGAACUAAGCAGGCAGGAAUUCCCAACCCUCAAGCCAACUGACAUUCCAGUGGGAGGCUCAUUCUCAGUUCCCAUCUUGGUGACCAUGUAAAUCAUAUUUCUCCCCUGCCCUCAAGACUCUAUGCUCUCCUGGUUCUCCUCCCUCACUUGCUGCUCCUUCCGUUUUACUGGCUGUUUCCUCCUCUUCACCCAUUCUUCGUGUUGGGAGGAGGUGUUGCUCCUCUGUCUGUACUCACUUCCUUGAUGAUCUCAUCCAGUCUCAUGGCUUUAAAUACCAUCCAUAAGCCAGCAAUCCCCAAAUUUACAUCUCCAGACCAGACUUACCGCCUGAACUCAAAGAGGCAGCUGUGGUCAUUCAGCUUCUCCACAGGGUGAUCUAUCAGGCAUUUCCAACCCAGUUUGCCCAAACCUUGGCACUCUCCCCCCUAAGCCUGCUUCCCCUCUUUCUCCAUCCUGUCAAAGGAUGCUCUGUCUUCUCAGUUGCUUAGGCCAGAAGCUUUGGUCAUCCUGGACCCCUCUCUCUCAUGCACACUCAUAUCCACUCCAUCAGCAAGUUUUGUUGGCUCUAUCUUCAAAAUCUUUCCAGGAUCUCCCCAGUGCCCACACCCUGGUCCACCUGUCAUGUCCCACCUGUACGAUCACAGCAGCCUCCCUGAUCUCUCUGACCCUCCCCCUAGUUUGUCCCUAAAGGCUGUCAGAGAGAUCCAUCACCUCUCCCCCUCCCACACACACACAGGAAGCAGGUGGCCUUGCCACCAGCAGAGUGACAUCCGCUAUUGCUGCCUCUCUACUCCCCAUUGUUCCUCAGGACUUCUCUGGACCAAAGCCCUUUGACAGACCUCUUCCAGCCCCCAGCCCACCAUGGUUCCUGCAGGCAACAUCCCGUUCCUGCUUUUGCUCCCAGUGGCUGCAGCUCAGACGACCCCAGGUUCCUGUUCUGGAUGUGGGCCCCUCUCCCUGCCACUCCUGGCAGGCCUCGUGGCUGCAGAUGCGGUCGUGUCACUGCUAAUCGUGGUGGUGUUGUUUGUGUGUGUGCGCCCACGCAGCAGGCCCACCCAAGAAGAUGGCAAAAUCUGCAUCAACAUGCCUGGCAGGGGCUGACUCCCCAGUAACUGCGACAUAGGACUUCUGACCCUGUCAUCCUGGAUUGUGUGUGGCGGCACAGGAAAUCCAGCCCUCUUCUGGGCUGGAAUAAAGCAAUUGAAAUACUUCUUGUUCUAAUUCUUUCUCAGACAACCCAGGUUCCCCAAAGGCUCCCUCUCAUUUAGCUGUUUCUGGGUCCUUGGUCCACCUAGAACCCCGCAUAUCCCCAUCCCGUCAGCCCAGGGAUCUGGAAUAACUCAACAUUGUUUGCGUGCUCCAUGUUUAUUUGGGGGCAGUAGUGGGGAGAGGUCUGAUGUCUCAUUGUGGACACUCUGUGGAUCCGUAUCUUGGUGGGAGUAGGACUAGAGUGCUGGGCAGGCAU